AUGGCUGACACAUCACGACCCGUCCUGAUUCUCGGCGGAGGCUGCUUUGGCCUAGCGACCGCGUACCACUUGGCCCAGAAUGGUUACUCAGACAUUACCGUCUUGGAAAAGGACCACGAGGUCCCCAGUCGCUUCUCAGCAGCCAACGAUCUCAACAAGGUGAUCCGAGCCGAGUAUGCCGAUCCCUUCUACACCGAGCUGGCUCUGCAAGCCAUCCGGAAAUGGCAGACUGAUCCAUUGUACAAACCGCACUACCACGAGACGGGCUUCCUCAACGUUGGAUCCAACAACGCGCCCGACCAGACAAAACGAGUUCUCGAGAGUUAUUACGCAUCUGUCAGGGACAAUUCCGCCUUCAAUGGCAAGGUGCAGCGCGUGAACGGAAAUGCCGACAUCAAGAAGCUGGUUCCCGCAUUCCAUCAUGUGCAGCGCUGGGCUGGCUACUUCAACAAGCUGGCGGGGUACGGUCACUCUGCCAACGCUUUGAGUGCUGUGUAUGCAGAGUGUGUCAAGUUGGGCGUCAAGUUCCAGCUUGGCAGCCAGAAAGGAGAAGUUGAAUCCCUGGUCUACGCAUCGAGCCGAAACGGCACCAAAUGUGUUGGAGCAAAGACCCGAGAAGGCCGAAUCUAUCUUGCCGACAAGACUAUCGUGGCUUUGGGCGCCGAUGCCUCCAACAUUAUUCCCCGCAUGGGCAAGCAAAUGACAGGUCGCUGCUGGGGUGUCGCACACAUUCAGCUGACUCCUGAAGAGGCUGACAAGUUGAGAGGCAUUCCCGUCACCAACGUGCGGGAUCUUGCCUUCUUCUUCGAGCCCGACAAGGCCACCAACAAGCUCAAGUUCUGCCACAUGGGAGGUGCUUACACCAACUACGCUUGGUCUCAAGAUGGUCUCUCAAUUCCUUACUCCGAGCUCUCCGAGUCGCAAUUCAUCCCUGAAGAAGAUGAGGUGCAUAUCCGAAAACUCCUAAGAGAGGUGUUCCCACAGCUCGCGGAUCGCCCGUUGAUUGACAGACAUCUGUGCUGGUUUGCCGACACGGAUGACUCAGAUUACAUCAUUGACUUUGUGCCUGGAACCGACUCUUCACUAGUUGUCCUCUCCGGUGACUCGGGUCAUGGUUUCAAGAUGCUUCCUAUUUUCGGACAAUGGGUACAGAAGUUGUUGGUUGAUGAGAAGCAGUCAGAGCCCAAGUGGCAGUGGAAGACGUCAAAGCCCAAGGAGACGGCCGCUUGGCGUAGUAGUGGUAGUCAGGAGCUUGCAAGCGUAGCUCGCGCCAAGUUGUAA